AUGUAUCAUUAUUUCGGUGAACGACGUCCGGCCUCCCGAUCUUGCAGCCAAACUAAACCAAACUUGCUGUCCAGGAUUUGUGGUAUCUUUUGGUUUUCCUUCCCUCUAGAUUCCACCCAGAAGUCCGUUCUUCCAUUGCGCCACCCCUCACCGGACCCGCUGUGUAAGGCUCAAUCCAUACUUAUCAGUGCCACCUUUGACGAGGUACGCAAUGCCAUUGCCAUGCCUGCUUUCCAGUCUUUCAACAACUUAACGCGUUCUGUCCAACCCGCCAUGGCCAUUUGGACUAACAGUGAACAUUGUGAGGAGAGCACUCCAUCCCUAGAUUCCCGAAUCAUCCCGCCCAGCUUAUAUUCUCGCGAUUCACCGAGUAGUCCGCGUCUGGAGAUCACUGAGAUAGACCCCGCUCCUUUCUCGCAAAAUUUUGCCGAUCUGUUCGAAGGACAAGGUCUUCAUCUACCUACAGAGAUAGAAUCAAGACGGAGAUCUGCCAUCAAUGUUGACGUGAGCUACGAUAUUGAGAACAUCACAAAUUUGAAAGACAUCGACCCCAGUUGGCAGCAUGAUGAAAUCGAGGAAAUCGUGGUCAUGUCCUCCAAACGCCCCUCUACCCUUCCCACUAUCCGAGAGGAAAUCGCAGAGACGAAACCUGGCAUCCCGGCAGCAACCCUGUCCGACUUCGCCUUCGAGAUCUCCGACCUGAUGCCCAAGACCGACCGUUCAACCACCUCGCAGCUUUGUGUCAGACGCGAUACCGGGAAGAAGUACGUCAUCAAAAAGAAACGUCCAGCUGUCGGGUCGCUGUGGUUGGAACAGAUGAUCUUGGAAGAGUUGACAGAGUUAUCUGUCCCCUUUGUCUCUCCUCUUCAUUGGGUCUUUCACGAAAAAGAGUACAUGUACAUUGUGUUGGAUCAUAGUACUGCUGGAAGCUUGAUGGAUCUGAUCAACCAAGACGGUCCUAUGGGGUCACACCGCGCCGUUUUCUACGCAUCUGAAUUGGUUUCCGGCAUAUCAUCUCUCCACUCUGCCGGCAUCGUCCACAGAAACCUUGAUCCUCAAAACAUCCUCUUUGAUGCAGCAGGGCAUAUCGUCAUCACUGGGUUCAGCUGCGCCGACAUGAUCGUCUCAACCGAGAACCCUGGCAAUGUGGGCCAAUUCGAUGGUAUUAUAUCUGGGUAUCAAGCUCCCGAAAUCAUCCUUCGUUGGGCACACAACGCGUCUGUCGACUGCUGGUCCUUUGGGAUGCUGCUGUAUUUUAUGCACUUUGCAAUGAAUCCCUUCGUGAAAAACGACCAGACAGAGGAUAGCCCAAUGAAGCUCUUCAACAGGGUCCUCCGAAGUCCUUUAUCUGCUGAAUCUCUCCGCCUCAUCAGCCCCACGUCAAGAGAUUUAAUGUUGAAGUGCCUAGAACGCAAUCCCGCCGUACGAUGGGCCAUGGACAAGAUUAAGACCCAUCCUUAUUUCGCCUUAGUCGAAUGGCACCAAGUCUCAUGCAAGCGCGUCGAAGUGCCAGCCUUCGUUCCACCAACUCCGACCGUCAAGAAGCCGGCCGAAACUCGUGCAAGGAGGAUGUCUCUUAACACUGCCCUCGCUGACGGUGGACGACCUUCCUUGACCAACGAAGUUUUGCGCAGGCCUUUGUCCGUCGACAGUACCGAUGCGCUCGCGGACCUACCUUCAUUGCCAGAGCUCUUGAAACCUGUUCUCACAUUGGGAAUUCCGACUCCAGUUCUUGAGCAGGACGACGCCUUGGAAUUCGAGAACGUUCAAGGCACUCAAGAGAACUCUAUUUCCGACGGGAACCGCGAGGAGGCAAUGACACGUGUGUCGAGCUUCUGGGAUAAGCUUGACAGGGAAGAAAGAGGAUCGAUCGUUUCUGGUACCUCAGCUGAGUUUGGAGGCUGCAACAAGGACACAUCGAACAAGGCUCCGAAACUGAGAAAGCAUCGCUCUGCUAUCAACGCGCAUCACCGCUUGUUCAGCCUGAGCACGACGUCCUUCCACAGCAAGCUACGCAAGAAACCGCGUUCGACUGGUGCGCUCCGCCAGGUACCUGUCGAGGUCAUCGAGAACCUGCCGUUAGGUGUUCAUCAAAUCGGGAGCGGCAUCGGUUUUAAGUACAACCUCCCCGAGGUGGUCCCAUCCAAGCUCUCUGUCUGUUCGUUCACACCGUCGACCUGUCAUAGCCUGUUCAAUGGUGGUCUGUCUACCUUCAACUUGGGUCUUGGCUUGGGCAAGAUGAAGGCGAAAGGUGCCUCUGGUACUCCUCCAACUGGUCGACAUGGUCAUCAGCCUGCUACUUCAAACAAUGCCCUAUGCCCAUAUGGCGAUUCUGUCAGCGAUACCCAGCCGCAGCGGGAGGAAGUUGGUACAGGCACAUUCGUGCGCGAGAUGUACCGCACACCGAGCUGGCUGCUUUCGCCUCCGGACAGCCUCCCGUCUCCGCUGGCUCUGGUCAACAGCACACCCAACUUAGACUCGCUGUCUCCGCCGCUCUCGGACUCAACGGAACCACUUACCCCUGCUACGCUGGUGGAUGAGUCGGAAAGUGUCAACAUCAUCAUUCCAAAGAGUCUUAGACUGGAAUGUGACUUUCCAGACGGCACGCCGGAUUCGACUUUGAGGUUGGUGCCUCCUAGCAAGAAGAGGAUGUCUUUCUUGGAUACUGGGGUGGAUUCACUGUUCAGCAAGGUCCCUGCAGUCUAA